UUGUAAACACAGCUGUCUGUCUUCUGAUUGGCGUUCAUUCAGAAACCACAACAAUCGUCUACAAACUGCAACCGACACAAAGCACUAGAUAGUGCACGACAAUUAGUUAGAAAAAUUAAUUUUGAUACGUACUUUUAUCUUUUAUGUAGUUUGCUGUUUGUGAUAUUUAUCGCGGACUGUUUUAACUGUUAAACAAGAAAGUUCCCUGCCUGUUUGAACUGAUUGCACAGAAGGAAUGCGUAUUUCACCUUCUUUCCACUUUUAUGUUUUGUUAGCAAAAAUUUGUGUGUGUGAAGUGGGAAGAAGUAAAAGCUACAGAAUUUGUUAAUUGAAUCGGGUUUUGAUAUUUUCCCUGGAUUGUUAUGUGGUAUUAAAUAAUUGUUUGGGUAUUUUGUGGACCCUUUGUAUGUUCCACUUUGGUCGUUCGUGUGAAGUUGCUCAGCGAUCUUUGGUCUUGGAGCUUGCAUCCAACUUUUACGCUAGAUCACAAGCAUCAGAUCAUGCGUUAAGAUCUUCGCCUUUUGUUUAGAUUUCGAAGUCGUAUUCCUGUUUUUGUAUUAGUGCAUUUUACUUGGGUGAUUAAAUGUGGAGAAACGUCGCGGAAUGGUGGAGCUCUUACAAAUAUCGAUUUGUGCCAUGGAUAGCAUUCUAUCUGCGGAAUAGAGCGAUAAAACUCGAGAAAACAGCCGUACCACCGGCGGAAUUACAGGCCACGGUAGCUGAACUGGCCAAGUAUCUGGAUACGACUGUUCGCACGGAAAGAAGGGAUCCGUUUGCACCACUGGCAAAGCGUAUAAAAGAAAUCAGCUCAACCACCCUUUCCGAGGUGAUGGGCUUUACCCUCAGAGUUAGAAAAAGCCGAAUUCCCAAAGCAGGCAGAGGAGUUUUCGUCGAGAGCGGCGUCGUGCAACCGGAUACUCUGGUUGCUCUUUAUCCCGGAACGGUGUAUGACGCCGGAGAGCCGGUUUUAUUGCAGUCUUUCGGGAAUCCUUAUAUUAUACAAUGCGGGGACGGAUCAUUUAUCGAUGGGAAACCAGGAGGAAUCUCUCGUCUUAUUUACAGAUCUUGCGCCAAUCGUGACCAGUUUCAUGGGUACCGAUUUUGUGACAGCAGCUGGAUGGAUCGAAAGGAUAUGAUGAAUCCAUAUGCUGUCGGCCAGUACGUUAACAACGAACGUCCGCCUGAAUUCGUGGCAAACGUUGCUUACCAUGAAUUUGACUUACCUCCGGAAUUUGAUUUGGUCUACCGAAAAUAUAUUCCAAAUGUUCAUUUCUCUCCAGAAAAGGACAGGCCGCUUCGGAUGAUUGGCCUUGUCAGUUUGCGCAGCAUUCAAAUGGGCGAAGAGCUGUAUUCGUCAUAUUUUGCGUCAUACCGGUGAGCAGCGCUGCGGAGCUUGACUGGUUUGAGUAAUUUAUUUAGAUGUUUUUCUGCGGAGUUUUGGGUAAUUUAUUUAGAUGUUUUUCUUUGGGAAACACUGCGACAUUAGUGCAUUUAUUGUUUAUAUUGCAACUGAGGCUGCAACUGUCGCCUGUCGGUGAUAUUGGCCUUGUGAUGUGUUCUGCUUGGAGUUGAUAAAAAUUUACGUAAUUUUGUCGAGAUGUCUCGGGCGUAAAGUUGGGCGCAGAGGAUCACAAAGUAUAAAAUACUUG